AUGGACGGAGCGAACAAGAACUGCUUCUGCGAAGGGCCACGCACCCGACACGUGGCAUUUUCAUCCGCAAAAGGCAACAAUGCCCCCAACGUGAGACUCUUUCUGAAUGACUAUGCCGAGGAGGCAUCGUCCUCGCCAGAACAGCAACACACAGUCAUAACCAAAACCCCAGCUCAACACCACCACUCUUCACCCACCAUGGCCAGCCCGCCACCCCUAGAAGGCAUCAAAGUCCUCGAGUUCGCAGGCCUCGCCCCGGGCCCCUUCGCAGGCCUCCUGCUCGCCGACGCGGGCGCCUCCGUCGUCCGCGUGGACCGGCCCUCCCCCUCGGGCACGCCCACGGCCGACCAGCUGACGCGGCGCAAGGCCUCCGUGGCGGUGGACCUGCGCACGCCGGAGGGGAAGGCGGCGGCGCGGCGCCUCGCGCUCGCGGCCGAGUCGUGA